CUCCUAACCUAGGGUUGGGGCUCCUCACCUGGGGCCUGAUGAGUGUUUAUGGGCUUCCAGACAUCUGCAUUUCCCCACGUGCCCGAGGCCAUUGGCACUGGAACCCGUGGCUUAAGUUAGGAAGAACGAAGGUGGGCAUUACCUGGUUUCUAGUAGGACAGAACUGCCAGAAGGAAGCAGUACAAAUGAUACAGAGUUUUCUCUGGCCGAAUUUGUACCAGUUCCUUUGUGUUUCCAGCCAGGGAUUAAUAACAUGAACAUCUGACUUGACCAGUUUCAGUAGAGACCUUAGAAUCCGAAUAGGCGGGGACAAGAAGGCCUUUGCACCUAAUCUGAGGGGUCACCAUCCUAUAAACGACAUGUUUUAAAGUCGUGGCCUGUUUUAGCCUGUGGGUGCGUCAGAUUAACAACCAGAACAGCUGCAAGCAGGUGUGGACCAGUGCAGAAGCUGCAGCAGUUCAGAGGAUUCCCAUUACCCUUCAAACACAUUUCCCAGGUGUUAACGCGAGCGUGAGUUUUGAAGCUCAGGGACCUGCGUCUCCAUUCUCUCAAAACGAUUCGAGUGGCGGUGCCGGCGGUGGAUGAAGGUCCGUGAGGCUGACGUGCAGAAUGGCCGGGAAGAGGCCGUCGGGCCUGGGCAAGCAGCGCCGGCUCCUGGGGCUGCUGGUGGUGGUAGCCGCCGUCCACCUGGUCGCCUGCCCCUACACCAAAGUGGAGGAGAGCUUCAACCUGCAGGCCGUGCACGACCUGCUCUACCACCGGCUGGACGUGGAGAAGUUUGACCAUCUCGAGUUCCCUGGCGUGGUCCCCAGGACGUUCCUCGGGCCGCUGGUGAUCGCGGCGCUCUCCAGCCCCGCCGUUUACGUGCUUUCGCUCUUGGAAGCGUCCAAGUUCUAUUCUCAGCUAGUAGUCAGGGCCGUCCUUGGACUCAGCGUGAUCUUUGGACUCUGGACUUUACAAAAAGAAGUGAGGCGGCAGUUUGGGGCCACGGUGGCCACUCUGUUCUGCUGCGUGACGGCCUCGCAGUUCCACCUGAUGUUCUACUGCACGCGGACGCUCCCCAACGUGCUGGCCCUGCCCGUGGUCCUGGCAGCCCUCGCAGCCUGGCUGCGGCAGAGGUGGGCGCGCUUCAUCCGGCUCUCGGCCUUCGCCGUCCUGGUCUUCAGAGCCGAGCUGAGCCUGCUCCUGGGCCUGGCGCUGCUGCCGCCGCUCUGCCUGCGGAAGGUCUCGGCGGCCAGGGCCCUGCGCUGCGCCGUGCCGGCCGGGAUACUCUGCUUAGGACUGACGGUGGCCGUGGACUCCUAUUUUUGGCGCUACCUCGUGUGGCCAGAAGGAAAGGUGCUCUGGUACAACACCGUCCUGAACAAAAGUUCCAACUGGGGCACCUCGCCGCUGCUCUGGUACUUCUACUCGGCCCUGCCUCGCGGCCUGGGCUGCAGCCUGCUCUUUGUGCCUCUGGGCGCCGCGGACAGAAGGGCCCUGGCGCUGCUCCUGCCGGCGCUGGGCUUCGUGGCUCUGUACUCGCUUCUCCCGCACAAGGAGCUGCGCUUCAUCAUCUACGCCUUCCCCCUGCUCAACGUCGUGGCCGCCAGGGGCUGCGCCCGUGUGCUGAAUAAUUAUAAGAAGUCCUGGCUGUAUAAAGUGGGGUCCCUCCUCGUGAUAGGACACCUCGUGGUGAACGCCACAUACUCGGCCACAGGCUCGUACGUGUCCCACUUCAACUACCCUGGCGGCGUGGCGAUGCAGAGGCUGCACGAGCUGGUGCCCCCCCGCACAGAUGUCGUGGUGCACAUCGACGUGGCCGCUGCCCAGACAGGUGUGUCCCGGUUUUUGGAAGUCAACAGCGCCUGGAGGUACGAGAAGAGGGAGGACGUGCGGCCCGGCUCCGAGCGCAUGCUGGCCUACACGCACCUCCUGGUGGAGGCUGUCCCCGGGCAUCUGGCCCCCUACCGGGACACGCACCGGGUGCUGGCCAGCGUCCCCGGCACCGCCGGCCUGAGCCUGAACCUCACCAGGCUGCCCCCUUUUGACGUGAACCUGCAGACCAAGCUGGUGCUUCUGGAGAGGCUUCUCGGGCCUUCCUGAGGAGGAGCCAGAGGCCCUCCAGGAACGUCGGUGUUCCGACCAACGGGACGAGACGGGAAACGCGCAGAGGACCAGGGUUGCGCCCUCACAGGGGCGCGUCCACAGCCGGGGCAGCCACGUCCACGCCGCCCACCGCUUGUGAGGACGAGGGGCCCGGCACCCCUGCCGGGGUGACGGUGGGUGGGAUGCUGUUUGCCGUCCAGACCGAGUGCUGUCCACGGCAGCAGGACCUGGGUCUUGCCCGCGGAGCUGCUUUUGGGCAGCAGGCUGUGGCCUCUCGGCCCCUGAAAGGGCAUCCCCCUGGGGCAGCGUAACCGCAGAAACUCGGCACGUGCUGGACUCGUCCCCACCAGCACCCAGCCCUCGGGGCGGGGCCUUCUUUGUGGUCACAGGCAGCCGUUUCCAUUUCAGAUGAGGCUUUAGGAGAUAAACGCAUUCAGAAAGAGUGAGAAUCAAAUUGUAAAUGUCUUCUUACUGUCGAUCUCGGGUGAUGCUUCCAGAGACUGCCUCCACCUGGGUUUUGUUUAAGUGAUUUGGGCACUUUCCCACUUUGCUGAACAGUGUUUACUGAGUUCCUGACAUGUGUCUGACUUCACCAGGCACUGAAGACGAUGCAGGGAACUGAGUGUGCUUUGCCUGCGUGCACACACACCGUGCACAUGCACACGUGCACACACGCUACACACGUGUGCGUAGAGACAGGCAGUCUUUCCUGAGCCAUUCCAGAGGCAGUUGCCUACGCCUGGCCUCCAGCCCGAGUGCCUCGGUGCCUCGGAAGGAGGUGGCGCUUCCUGACCUGUAGUUACUGUUUUUUCCACCGAAGCAGACAAGCAGUCUGUGCGGGCCCCUCCCCAAACCUCGCGGACACAGCGCCCCCUGGUGAUUCCUGCUGCGGCCACCCGCCGCUCAGCGGGGCCCACCUUCCCCCGUUGCCUGUUUCUCAUGAGCGUUUGUUACUUAACCUGUCAUCGGCAGUUCUCAGUGUUUAGAUGUGGCCCCCGGUCGUCAGUCUGCACGCGUGGACUGCUGCUGGACCUCGAUGGGCCGUGAGCUGCCCUGUCGGUUGCCUUGGUGUUCAAACUGCAGAUUCCCCCGGGGGGCCUGUCAAGCCGUGCGGUCCCGGCUGCGUGCCCUGUCGUUAAGGCUUUGAGCACUUCCCUGCGUGCUGGCCCAAGGAGUCCCACCCAGGCUCCUCGGGCCUCUCUGUCUCCACCCUGGAGUCGGCCGUUUGGAGGGCCAGGCUCCUUUGGGCAGGGACUGGUUUCAGAGACCGAGAUCUGGGUGCAAAGCGUGCUCGUUGCUAUCAGGAUGCCCGUGUUUCCAGGCCCUUUCUGCGGAGAGAGGCAGGACAGGCGCGCGUGCACGUGGGGACACGCUUGUGCGCGUGCACAGGUGUGAGAGGUCACAGCAGCAUGCCGACACCUCCAGCUCCGCCCCACCUCUGUGGCGUCCGUUUGCCUCCCUCGUUCCACGUCUGCAUGUCCUGUCCCUGCAGUGAGAAUCCGACCCCGACAACAUCAACGUACGUUUGACCUGUGUCAAGGGACACCGACCCCCACGCAGUCGGAAAUCUGCACAUAACCUUUGACCCCCCCCCAAGGCUUAAUUACUAAUAGCUCCUGUUGAGUGGAAGACUUACCCAUAACAUGAAUGGUCCAUGACACAUGUAUGUUACAUGUCAGAUACUGUAUUCUUUCAAUUAUGUAAGCUACAGAAAAGAAAAUGUUAAUUAAGAAAAUCAUAGUG